AUGGAUGAAGUGGGGGGCGCGAUCACGAAAACGCUGGAUUACACACAACUGCGAGGCGAAACGGGUCCGCUCGUGUAUCCUGCGGGUUUUGUGUAUGUCUAUUCGCUUCUCUAUUAUCUAACCGACGGAGGAGUCAACAUUCGACUCGCUCAGUACAUUUUCUUGGGUCUCUAUCUUGCAACGGAGGCCGUCGUUAUGAUUCUCUAUCACCGAUCCAAGGUGGUGCCACAGUGGGCGAUGCUGUUCCUGGCGCUCUCCAAACGUCUCAAGAGCAUCUACUAUCUGCGUCUGUUUAACGAAUCCGUUCUGAUGCUCCCCGUGUAUCUCUCAAUUCUGCUCUUUACCUAUCAACAAUGGUUCUGGGGCAUGCUUCUCCUCUCCAUUUCGCUCUCCAUCAAAAUGAACGUGCUUCUCUUCUUCCCCGCGGUUCUGCUUCUUCUCUUUGAAUCCGUCGGUGUUACGCGCGCCAUUCUGCUUCUGCUGCUCUGUGCCAUCGUCCAGAUCGUUGUGGGUGCUCCCUUCAUCGUUACCAAUCCCAUGGGAUACUUCUCUCGUGCUUUCGAAUUCAGCCGCACGUUUACCUACAAGUGGACUGUAAACUUCAAAUUUCUACCCUACGAGAUUUUCGUGUUGCCCAAAUUUGGCGCGCUUUUGCUUCUUCUCCAGCUUUCUCUCCUUCUCUGCUUUAUCUUCUUCCGAUGGACGCAGCCGAUGGGCGGGAUUUGGAGAGUCGUUCAGAGCGAUCCCUUCGCUCCGAAGCCUCGAAACUUGCUCGUGCGCGCCUUUGACUGGUUCUGUAUUCGCACGGACGCUGUGAAGCUGACGACCGAACAUAUUCUAACGACUCUUUUCAUUAGCAAUUUCAUUGGAGUGGUUUGCUCAAGAUCGUUGCAUUACCAGUACUACUGCUGGUACGCCGCCACAUUGCCGUAUCUGCUGUGGCGUACGGAGAUUCCGGAUCUUUUGAAACCGAUGCUGUUGUUAUCGAUCGAAGUCGCGUAUAACGUGUAUCCUUCAACUCCGGCGUCGUCACUGCUUCUUCAGGUAGCACACUGGGUGCUUCUGCUUUGUUUGUGGAUGAGGAAGUGUGAUAUUUCCUGUUGCAUUGUUGGUGGGAGGUUAUUUGAUAGACGAAAGACAGGAAGAGAGCGAAAAGAAGAAUAA